CAUCACCCCACUCUGUUUCUCUGUUAUUUCUCUCUUGAUUCUGCCGCAGUCGUGUUCAGACUGGUUUGAUUUGUUGCUGCUGUUUUGCGGCGGCCGGCGCGAAUCAGGGACAGUAGUGGUGGGAACAGAGAUGACCACAGCCAAACCAGGCGCUGGGCACCAGGUGACAGGGUCACUGCAGAUGGACAGAGUGCAGCUAGUGAGAGGGAGGAGAGAGGAGAGAGAGAAGAGUCAUGAGGAGGUUUUGCGUGAUAAAGAGCAACGUGUACGGCAGCAGCUGGAGCAUUGUGCAGACAAACGAGGGAGGAAGAUGGAAGAGCAGAAAAGAAGGGAGGAGGAGAGGAGGGCAGCAGUGGAGGAGAGGAGACGACAGCAGGACGAGAAGGAGAAGGAGAGACUGGAGGCCCUGGUGAGAAGAAGGGAAAGAACAGGAGAGAGGGACAGACAGAUGGGGGAGGACAGCAGAUACCCUAUGGAGAACAGGCCUAAACGCUGGACCUGGGGAGGACCACCCGGAGGGGAAGAGGGUAACCCUAAGACCCCGCCCUCUCAUGCUAUUGGCUCAGCUCUGCCUCAUCAUCCCGCCUCUGCUGCCAGUCCCAACCAAUCCAGGAACGUGUGUGACUUCCUGACACCACCCUCCCCGGACCAGCCAAUCACUAAACGCCUCUCCAACUCUUCAGCCUCCCUGCACUCACCAGAAAGAGCAUCCCCCAGCCCCCAGCGACCGGCCUACAAAUGUUCCCCCUCCAGGAAGGCAAGCAAUGGACCCCCGGAGGACAAGACCCCCAGAACACCCACAACAGAGAAAGGCCCCACCUCCUGUCUGACUGACUCUUCAAUGAGACGCCUCGAAUCUCCGACCACGCCCACCCGAAGCUCCUCCCCCAGAGCCCAUAGCAAAGCAGUGGGCACUCCCAAAAGGGUGAGGUCGACUAAGAGUCGUGCCCAAUCCCCCUGCUCCCCGGGACAGUACCCUCCCUCCCCCCUCCGCCAGCGACCCCCGGUAACCGAGGGCAACCAUGAGGCCAGGGGUCAUGGAACCCUGGAGAGGAAGUCCUCCAAGCUGGACGCAACAGAGAAGAAGAUCCCCAAGUCCUGCAGCAGAGACCUGGCGGCAGAUUCUCCAGGUACGCCCACAGGCAGGAACGUUGCCGGGACAACGGAUGCUGAGGAGGCGUCUAGACUGUUGGCUGAGAGGCGGCGUCUGGCCAGAGUACAGAAAGAGCAGGAGGACAAACUACGACAGGAGGAGGAGAGGCUGAAAGCUGAGGAGGAGCUGAGGAGAGAGCAGGAGGCGCGGGAGCGGCAGGCGAGAGAGGCACAACGAGCAGAGGAGGAGAGAGAGAGACGGGAGGGGGAGAGAGAGAGACGGGAGGAGGAGAGGAAGAGCAGAGAAGAGGAGGAGAGAAGGACCAAGGAGAGACGAUGGAAAGACAUGCAGGAUCAGCUGGACCGAGAGAGAGAGGAGGCGUGUCUGCGUGCUCACAGGGAGGCAGAGAGGAAGAGGCAGGAGAGAGAGCUGCAGCAGGUACAGGAGGAGCAGGAGAGACUGCAGAGGAAGAAGCGGAUUGAGGAGAUCAUGAAGAGGACGCGUAAGAGUGAAAAGGACUCCUCAUCCUCAGGUGUAUGUGAUGUGAACAGGGGCCAGGCAGGGCAGGUCAGGGAGCUGGAUCAGGAUGAGUCCCCCCUCAUCACGCUGGGCCCCCUGGAGAGAAAGACCUGUGGAGGGGACGAGCUGUCUGACGGGGUACAGUCUAUGGACGUCAGCCCUGUGUCCAGGGAUGACUUGGGUAUCGUUCAGGACUUCUCUCCCGUCAGCGAGGCGUUAAACAGCAUGAGUAACGCCCGAACCCUGGAGCACCUCCUGGACCUCACCACCCUGCCAGAAACACCCCCCUACCCCAGGCUGCAGCCAGGCAGUGCUGCAGCCAUGGGAGACCUCAACAAGAACCUGCUGAUACAGGGUUAUAACCCCGCCUCCUUAACUAGCUCCUCCCCCAGGUCCGCCCAGCUUCUCCACAGCCUCAGCCCUGGCAAACUGGACGUCUAGUAACGAGGGAACACACACACACACACACACACACACACACACACACACACACACAUACACACACACACACACACACACACACACACACACACACACACACACACACACACACACACACACACACACACACACACACACACACAUACUGCAUAUCCCACACACUGUGCAGUUCUGCUCUAAUAUUCAUUAUCCUCUUUCGCCAGGGUAUUGUAUAGGACUAUUGGCUGUUGGGUGAAAAGAGAAGCUAGGAGCAGCAGGGGGGUCUCUGCUCUCCUCCUUCCUCACCAAAACUAGAGAGUGGGACCAGCUCCACCCCCCCCCCCCCCUCUCUCUUCAGGGGAGAGGCCAUCCCCAUGCACACCUGGACUCCACAGAGAGCAACUGCUCAAUGUCUGGCUCCCCCCUUAUAUCUACAACUCAACACAUCUACAGCUGAAUUCCCCUAUGUAAACACACACUGACAUGUGCAUACACACACACACACACACACACACACACACACACACACACACGGUUAAUACUCUCCCAGUAAAGUAAAGCUUUUUCUCUAUGCUCUGGCUGUAUGAUAUUGUGUAUAAAGGUGCGUCAGUGUUUGGAGGCUGAUGUAAUAUGGUUGUGUUAUCCUCCUGUAGCAUUAAUUAUGUGGUUAACACUGACCAUGUAGCACCUUCACUGGAGAACACCUCCUCCUGUAUAUACUGUAUACUGUUACACAGCUGUAACUCUAGGUAGAAGUUGCACCUAACCACAGAUCUAGAAUCAGAUUAUUCUAACUCUCAUUAACCUUAACCUUUGGUCAGAUGAAAAUGUAAUCUGACCCUGUAUCAGUGGUUAGGGGCAGCGUUUGCCUAUUUGUUGUAACGACUACGUUAGGAGUUUCUUUCUGUCAGUGUUUCUAGUGGUGGUCGGUUAUGAUCAUCACAGCACCACUGACACGCUGUACUGCUGCUGUUCACCAGGAGUCUACAAUCGCUAUGUAGAACUCAGCUAGCCAGUCUAAAUGUUUGCAUCCUGCAACUGGAGAACCUACUCAUCUACAGAUGUGGAUGAUAUAGUACAGUAAGACAAAAGUCUGGCCUCAGUUGAUAUGCUUCUGUCCACCAACGCACCAUAGCUUUAGUGGUGCGUAAAAAAACACGUGGAACACUGAAGCAUUUCUUAUUAUAAUCUGAGCAAAAAGAAAACUGUGAACAGUCUUGUAUUUCUUGCUAUUUGCAGGGCUGGGGGAUAUUGAAAAGAUGUGGUGUGUGUUUUUGGCUUGCUGUGUGUGCGCUAGCUGUGGUUUAGUUACUGUCUGGUCGUGUAACAGCUCUGAAAACACUCAUCCCUACUCUGUUCUGGAAAUACUACUCUCUCUAUCUUGCCUCUGCUCUGAACUGGACUGUAUAUGCUGCAACUCACAGUUCUAGCAACUAGCAGUCAACCUACAGCAGGGGUCUCCAACUUUGGAGCUACUAGGUGGUCCUGGAGCUAUUGGGUGUGCAAGCUUUCGUUCCAGCCCUAUAGUAACACACCAGAGUCCACUAAUCAUGGUCCAGACUGAAGAUGGCGAUUAGAGCAGGGCUGGAACAAAAGCCUGCACAUUCAGUUAGUGAACCCUGUCCUACAGUAUCUCAUCAGUCUGUGUAAUCACUCAGUCAAUCAACAGCUAUAUUCACUAUGACUGUGGCAUUACCUCAUGGAGAUCUAUCUCACUACAGAGGACACUUCAGUCUGCUGUCUACUACUGCUGGGAAUUCUACCAAUCAUACAUGCUUCCUGUACUGUAACGGUCUUGUACUGAUCUUACUGUAACACUUGCCUUGCUUUGCUCUCAGGGUCAGCAUGUGUGCUCCCUCCUCUCAAGGUUUCAAUCUCUGUUUCAGUUCCCCCUGAAGGGUACUGUGAGGUGUCAACCACUCCUCACAACCCAGCUAACCCUGUGAAGGGAUGGCCACUGACUAGUGUCUAUAAUGGCUCUAAUGUUGAUGCUGUAUCUCAAUUACUGGACUAGAGUAGGUAAAGGCCUGGAAUGUCUGUUUAUCUUUGCUGUCUUCAGUGCACUUGACUCUUGAUUUAGUUGCCAUGUCUGUCCGUCCAUCAGCCAGUCCGUCCAUCUCUCUUCCUCUCUCUUUCUGUGCUCGUUCAUAAUCUAAUGCUUUCUUUGUAUCCCAAGGGUAAAUUAAGUAUAUUUAAGACUUAAGGUCAGAAUGUUAUUCACUAAAAAUCAGUUAACACUGUCACUGCAGCUUGGUGGAAUAUAUAACUGUAGACGUGGUGCAUGGAUCUAACUGCUGAAAACAACAAUAAAAUGUCAUCAAGCCA